GUCUCGCUAUGCAGUUCAGGCUGGCCUUGGGCUCACUGUGUAGCCCCACUGGUCUCAAACUUGCAAUGAUCCUCUUGCCACAGCCUCCUGUGUGCUGGGAUUACAGGAGUGCACCAUCACACCCAGAUCAAAAGUAUAAUUUCCAGGAAGAAGACAUACAAGCUGUGCUGCCUUCUUAACUGCAUGCCUAAGAAUAAAGGUAAAGGAGGUAAAAAUAGACGCAGAGGAAAGAAUGAGAAUGACUCUGAAAAAAGAGAAUUGGUGUUCAAAGAGGACACACAAGAAUAUGCUCAAGUAAUCAAAAUGCUGGGUAAUGUACGAUUAGAAGUGAUGCAUUUCAAUGGUGUGAAGAGCCUGUGCUACAUCAGAGGGAAGUUGAGAAAAAAGGUUUGGAUAAAUAUCUCAGACAUCAUAUUGGUUGGUCUCCAUGACUAUCAAGAUAGCAAAGCUGAUGUGAUUCUAAAGUACAACGCGGAUGAAGCAGGAAGUCUGAAGGUGUAUGGUGAGCUUCCUGAGAAUGCCAAGAUCAAUGAAACUGAUACGUUUGGUCCUGGAGAUGAUGAUGCAAUUCAGUAUGAUGACAUUGGAGAUGAUGACGAAGACAUUGACGAUAUCUAGAUUGAACCCACCACUUUAUUACUAUUUUUUGGAAGUUUGUCCUACAGUUUGGAUUUUAGCCAUAACCCUCCUAGAAGUUUUCAUUAACAUGACUGUGAUUUAUUAAGGCAGUUUGAUUUGGUUCUGAGAUAUUUUUCUGUUAAAAUUGUUAAUGCUGAAUAAUCUUAAGUGAAAUGUUAUGCCCAUUUUGUUCUUUUGAUGUAAUGGAGUUUAUGGAUAGAAGACCACGUGUAUUUCAAAAAAUAGUGCUUUACUGCCUUUCCUGCCAUUUGCCGUGAGUAAAUGGAUGUUUUGAAUAAACCAUUUGCUAUGGAUUGUGAUAAAAAA